UAUGACCACUUCCGGUGAACGCCGAUUGGCUGGACGUCUUCUGUGCAGUUGGCGCCAUUGCGAGUGGUACGGCUGUCUUAAGAGCGGUCGCGCGACAAAUCACUCUUUUUGGCGGAAAAUACCCUCCAUCUGCGACGAAAUGGCAGAUAAAGACGCUGCAUUCGAUGAUGCUGUUGAGGAGAGGGUCAUCAAUGAGGAGUACAAGAUCUGGAAGAAGAACACUCCUUUCCUCUACGACCUGGUCAUGACUCACGCCCUGGAGUGGCCCAGUCUCACCGCCCAGUGGCUGCCAGAUGUCACCAGGCCAGAGGGGAAGGACUACAGUGUGCACAGACUGGUUUUGGGGACUCACACCUCCGACGAACAGAAUCACCUAGUCAUCGCCAGUGUGCAGCUCCCCAACGAUGACGCCCAGUUUGAUGCGUCUCACUACGACAGUGAGAAAGGAGGUGAGGAGUUUGGAGGAUUCGGCUCGGUCAGCGGGAAGAUCGAGAUCGAGAUCAAAAUCAACCACGAGGGCGAGGUGAACCGAGCGCGCUACAUGCCCCAGAAUCCCUGCAUCAUCGCCACCAAGACGCCCACCAGCGACGUGUUGGUCUUCGAUUACACCAAACAUCCAUCCAAGCCAGACCCCUCUGGUGAAUGCACCCCAGAUCUCCGUUUGAGAGGCCACCAGAAAGAAGGCUACGGUCUGUCCUGGAACCCAAACCUCAGCGGCUGCCUGCUCAGUGCUUCUGAUGACCACACCAUCUGCUUGUGGGACAUCAGCACGGUACCCAAGGAGGGGAAAAUCGUCGACGCCAAGACCAUCUUCACGGGACACACGGCCGUGGUGGAGGACGUCUCCUGGCAUCUUCUGCACGAGUCUCUGUUUGGAUCAGUAGCCGAUGACCAGAAGCUCAUGAUCUGGGACACUCGGUCCAACAACACCUCCAAACCCAGCCACGCCGUGGAUGCGCACACAGCUGAGGUCAACUGUCUGUCCUUCAACCCCUACAGCGAGUUCAUCCUGGCCACUGGCUCAGCUGACAAGACGGUGGCUCUGUGGGAUCUGAGGAACCUGAAGCUCAAGCUGCACUCCUUCGAGUCUCAUAAGGACGAGAUCUUCCAGGUCCAGUGGUCUCCUCACAACGAGACCAUCCUGGCCUCCAGCGGCACAGACAGGAGGUUGAACGUGUGGGACUUGAGUAAGAUUGGCGAGGAGCAGUCACCGGAGGAUGCCGAGGACGGUCCUCCUGAGCUGCUGUUCAUCCAUGGCGGUCAUACAGCUAAGAUCUCAGACUUCUCCUGGAACCCCAACGAGCCGUGGGUCAUCUGCUCCGUGUCAGAGGACAACAUCAUGCAAGUGUGGCAGAUGGCUGAGAACAUCUACAACGACGAGGACCCUGAAGGAGCAGCAGACUCUGAGGUCCAGGCCUGAACCAGCUCGUCUGCACUGGUAUCCCCCUCGGUUCUGUUCAUGGACACUUGUCUUUAUAAUGUUCCAUUCUGGCUGCAGUCUUUCUUUCUGUAGACUUCCCAAGAAAAUGCUGCGUCAUCAGCGUAUUUUGAAAAUAAUUGACCAUAUUUUUAGGUAGUAGUUUUUUUCUGAGAUUCCAGGAUUCAACUCUGGUGUUGAAAAGGAGUUCUGUAUUCAAUUCUCUGCACAUUUUAAUCUUUUUUUUCUUCUGACUUUGUACAUACUGUAGUUUUCACUUCCUCAGUAGUUUGUUUUGUGUCCUGUUCUCGCCCUGCUUUUCUCAAAUUCUGGUGUUUUGUUGGGCUUUUUUUUCUUGCUGUGCUUCAUUGGAACUCGAGUUCAUAAUAAAUUGUUGUUCAUAAU